AUGUCCUGCCAGCAGAGCCAGCAGCAGUGCCAGCCCCCUCCCAAGUGCCCUCAAAAGUGCCAGGCCCCCAAGUGCCCCCCAAAGUGUCCCCCUAAGAGCCCUCAAGUCUCUUCCUGCUGCAGCUCCAGCUCCGGGGGCUGCUGCAGCUCUGGGGGUGGGGGCUGCUGCCUGAGCCACCACCGGCCCCGCAGGUCUCUCCGUCGCCGACACCAGAGCUCUGGCUGCUGCAGCAGUGGAGGUGGCGGUGGCUGCUGUGGCAGCAGUGGAGGUGGCGGUGGCUGCUGUGGCAGCAGUGGAGGCGGCGGUGGCUGCUGCAGCAGUGGUGGCAGCAGCGGGGGCAGCGGUGGCUGCUGUGGCAGCAGCAGUGGAGGUGGCCAGCAGUCUGGGGGCUGCUGCUAA